CGUGUACUUUACACUGAGCGGAGAUCCUCUCCACGUUCUUGUUGAAUGUUUGCUUGGGAGGAGGAGUAGAGUCCGUCAAAGUUGCGCUGGUCAGUAUCUCCGGUCUCCGUGGAAUGACCAACAUUUAUUUUACGUUUCCGUGUUUCUCGUGUGGACGACACAGUUGAGACGUCACAAGUUGAGAGUUUUUGUACAAAGUUCCAGUUUCACCUGUGAUACAAGAGGAGCAAGCGUCUUCAAGUCAUCAUAGCAAAGCAGACAAUCUGAUCCGAUACGAGGACAUCCACAAUUGACUUCCUGGACUUCAAGGUGUUUUUGGAAUAGAGUUGCCCCCAGGCCACUGCUACGUGCGUGUGUAUCAUUCAAGGUGCUGUUAAAAUGAAAAUGAGGUACCUGCUGUUCCUGGGUCUGUGUGCGCUGGUGAGCCUGCACAGCCGUACGGGCGCCGUGUCCCAGACUCCAUCCUACGGAGAACGGGGCUCAGAUUUUGGGAUGCAGGUGUUUCAGCAGGUAGCCCGCUCCAAGCCCCUGGAGAAUGUAGUCCUUUCACCCCACGGAGUGGCCUCUGUCCUUGGCAUGCUGCUGUCAGGAGGUCACGGGGGAACCCGCAAGCAGAUCCUGGGUGCUCUCCGUUACAAAAAAAACGGACCGUACAGGAUGUUGAGGAAACUGCACAAAACCUUGACAGCCAAGUCCAACCAGGACGUCGUUCUCAUCGCCAACGGCGUGUUCAGCCAGCAAGGCUUCCCCAUGGAGAGAGGCUUUGUUGACACCAACAAAGCCAACUUCCAGUGUGAGAGCAAGACCAUGGACUUUAGCGACCCCCAGGGGGCAGCAGAUAAGAUCAAUGCCUGGGUGGGCAACAAAACCAAAGGUCACGUGACCAGACUGGUCAGAGCUGACAUGCUGGAUGCUGCCCUGGCCCGCUUGGUCGUGGUCAACGCCAUUUACUUCAAAGGCUUAUGGAAGUCCCGUUUUCAGCCCGAGGACACCAAGAUGAGGCCCUUCACCGGCGGCAAUGGCGAUGUGUUCAAAGUCCCUAUGAUGUCUCAGCUGUCAGUCUUCAACAUCAGCAUGGCCACCACGCCGCAGGGAGUGGAUUACAAGGUGCUGGAAUUGCCCUACCACGGCAACACAAUCACCAUGCUCAUUGUUAUGCCUGCUGAGGAGGACACGCCCCUGUCUCACAUCACCCCGCAUAUUAACACGGCCACGGUGCAGAGUUGGAGCAAAGGUAUGCGCAUGAGGAAAGUGCGUCUUCUCAUCCCCAGGUUCACUGCUGAUGCUGAAGUGGAUUUGAAGGCCCCCCUGUCGGUGCUGGGUUUAACAGACAUGUUCAGCCAAGACAAAGCGGACUUCAGGCACCUGAGUGCUGAGCCUGUGUAUGUCUCCAAGGCCCUUCAGAAAGCCAAAAUAGUGGUGGAUGAAGAUGGAACCAAAGCAGCGGCGGCCACCACUGCAAUUUUGAUGGCUCGGUCCUCUCCUCCUUGGGUUUCAGUGGACAGGCCUUUUCUCUUCCUCAUCCGACAUAACCCAACCGGUACCCUCCUCUUCAUGGGCCAAAUCAACCAGCCUUGAGCUCGCUGACCACAUGUGACGACACGGGGCUAGCGUGUGCAUGGAGACACGCGUACAUAUGCAAGCAUACACACUUUACUGUAGAUGGUAUUUCUUUUAUUGCUUUUUAUGUUGCUUCAAUGCGUAACAACAAAAUUAGAAAGGUUUUUUUGCUAUUUUCCAGAUGUUUUUUUUUCCGUACAUCUGGAAUUUGUUUUUAAUGGACUUUGAAUGUUGUUUGUGUAUUUUAUUAACUCUGGAGUGAGACACAUGAUUUAAUUGUCAUUUGAAUUUUAUUUUAUUUCAAUGUAUCUUCUUUCCAGUCGUACUUAAGUUAUGGCCAUGGUUGUAAUGACUUGCUUUGAGAGCAAUAAAUACAUAUUUAUGAGCUCA